CAGGGGCUGUUGAGAGGGCAAAAUGGCAUCAGUGUAAAAUGGCACGCCCAACAGGAAGUGAGUUGAGCAGCUAAAAUUCUAUAUAGGGGAUUAUCACGCUUCCGGGUUUCACGGGCGGGAUUUUUAAAUUUUGUGCACGUCCACUUCCGGCGCAGUUCAACAAUGGCUGAAACGAAGGCUAGAUGUCAUUGCUCUGUUCCACUUUGUACAUCGAACAAACAACGCCAACCCUACUUAAGUUUCCAUGGAUUCCCGACUGAAUUGAGUCUAAGGAAGAAGUGGAUUAAAGCGGUUCGCCGGGAUGAAGGGCCAAACUUUAAAAUAAAACAAGGUAGCACGUUUGUUUGUAGCCGGCACUUUAGUGAAUCAGACUACACUAACGCUACAGGUGGUAUCAGGCUAGCGUUAGCUAACGAGGCUAACUUUACCAAUCGGGUUCGCAUCAAGCGUCUGAAAAUCGGGUCUGUGCCCUCCCGUUUUCAGUGGAACAACUGGGGACUGCCAAGAAGGGAGUCCGCUUAUAAAAGAGCAUCAACUCGCUUAGGUCAUGACGUUUGCCCUGCCCUUCCUCUGGAGCACCCCCUGCCAUGUGAGGAAGAGGCUAUGGAGGAGGUCGCAGCUUCGGUGGUGAUGAAAGAACAUGAUUACGGCUCUGCUCCUAAACCAGGUGCACUGGAUGCUGCUGCUGCACGCAUACAGCAAUUGGAAGACCAAGUCAAGGAGCUGACAACAGAGCUAUCACAGCUGAAAGUGGGUCGAGUGCAUUUUAACAGAUUUGGUGUAUCAGACAAGGACAUCCUUUUUUACACAAGAUUCACAUCAAGAGAUGUUUUUUGUGCCUUCUGGGAGGCUAUUCAACCAUCUGCCUCCAUGGUGGUUUAUUGGUCGAAAGCUCAGAAAAAGGGACAAACAGUUGCACCCAUUUCUCCCAGUCCAACGCGUAGACUGCAACUAGUUGAUGAGUUUUUUCUCUUCUGCUGCCGAGUUGCUGCAGGCCUGCAAGAGAAGGUGCUGGCUGACAUGUUUCAGGUCAGUGUGUCCACUGUCUCCCGUGUUGUUAUAACGUGGGCCAACUACCUUUACCUGCUCCUUGGCACCCUUCCCAUCUGGAUGAGUAAACAGCAAGUCAAGGACACCAUGCCAAGCAAAUUUGUGCAGUAUUGUCGCCACGGUUUGCUCCGCGAACAUUGUGUCCCAGGCGUAACUUUGGGACACACUGUUCGCGGAAUGAGGGCACACGGGGCAGCUCACACCGCGGCUGAAAAAUAGACUGGAAGUCUAUUUAAUAUGGUGCGGCUACAAUGUUACCUUUGUCCUUGGUCGAUGCCAUGUUUGCAGAGAGCUUGUGCAGGCCACAGGUGGUGGUACAGCUCUCACCUGCAGAUCAAGAGAUAGAAGAGCAAACCGGGAUUGAGCAUGUGCUUGUUAACAAUCAAAGGUAGACCUCUAGAACCAGUGUCACUCCAAUUAACCUGCCCGUGUAAACGUCAUCCCAGACCACAGCCCUCACCUGCAAC